CUCGAGGAAGGCGGAGUAUUCGAGGACCAUAAUGGUAGCAAUGCCAGUCUGAAUGAUUCCAUUCACAGUGGUGAACUGUGUUCCCUCGCCAGCAUGCAAAGACUUACAUGCUGUUUGGUCAACAAGAUCAACCAUGGGAUAACAAGACAAUGUCCAAAUGACUUACAAACUAUCAAGGAACACCUACCAUCUAUUGAAGAACCAGGAGUAGCAAGGUAUCAGGACCAUCAGGAUUGGCUCAGGACAAGAAACCAUCAAGGCACUUACUUCCUGUCAACAGGCCAGGAGCAGCAAGAGAUCAGGACCAUCAGGAUUGGUUCAGGACAAGAAACCAUCAAGGCACUUACCCGCUGUCAACAGGCCAGGAGCAGCAAGGGGUCAGGACCAUCAGGAUUGGUUCAGGACAAGAAACCAUCAAGGCACUUACCCGCUGUCAACAGGCCAGGAGCAGCAAGGGGUCAGGACCAUCAGGAUUGGUUCAGGACAAGAAACCAUCAAGGCACUUACUUGCUGUCAACAGGCCAGGAGCAGCAAGGGAUCAGGACCAUCAGGAUUGGUUCAGGACAAGAAACCAUCAAGGCACUUACUUCCUGUCAACAGGCCAGGAGCAGCAAGGGAUCAGGACCAUCAGGAUUGGUUCAGGACAAGAAACCAUCAAGGCACUUACACGCUGUCAACAGGCCAGGAGCAGCAAGGGAUCAGGACCAUCAGGAUUGGUUCAGGACAAGAAACCAUCAAGGCACUUACAUGCUGUCAACAGGCCAGGAGCAGCAAGGGAUCAGGACCAUCAGGAUUGGUUCAGGACAAGAAACCAUCAAGGCACUCACCCACUGUCAACAGGCCAGGAGCAGCAAGGGAUCAGGACCAUCAGGACUGGUUCAGGACAAGAAACCAUCAAGGCACUUACUUGCUGUCAACAGGCCAGGAGCAGCAAGGGAUCAGGACCAUCAGGAUUGGUUCAGGACAAGAAACCAUCAAGGCACUCACCCACUGUCAACAGGCCAGGAGCAGCAAGGGAUCAGGACCAUCAGGAUUGAUUCAGGACCAGAAACCAUCAAGGCACUUACCCGCUGUCAACAGGCCAGGAGCAGCAAGUGAAGUGAGAUAUGGAAACCACUUAGCAAGGUCACACUGGUAGGCUUCAAGAUCCCUUGAAAGUUGCAAGACUUGUUCAUGAGCAUGAUCCACGAGUGUUCCAACAGCACACUUGAUACAAAGUUCCAGAUUGGACUGUUGUGU